AUGGACGUGGAUGAAGGGGCUCCAAAACUUAAAAAGAACAAGCAGCGAGUGCUACUCCUGUCCUCGCGGGGGAUUACACACCGAAUGAGGCACCUUAUGAACGACUUGGAGACUCUGCUACCUCAUGUAAAAAAAGACUCCAAGCUGGACUCGAAGUCUCAGCUUCAUCUGCUACCCGAGUUGGCAGACUUGAACAAUUGCAACAACACGCUCUACUUUGAGGCGCGGCGUCACGAAGAUUUAUACCUCUGGGCUGCAAAAACACCGAAUGGGCCGAGCAUAAAAAUGCAUGUGCAAAAUGUGCAUACGAUGGAUGAGCUCAAGUUGACGGGGAAUUGUUUGAAAGGCAGCCGGGGGUUACUGAGCUUUGAUCGAGCAUUUGAGGAUACGGAAUGGGGACGGUUAACGAAGGAAGUGUUUACGCAGAUCUUUGGGGUGCCGUCGACGUCAAGGAAGGCGAAACCUUUUAUUGAUCAUGUGCUAACAUUUUCGAUUUUGGACUCUAAGAUAUGGUUCCGCAAUUUUCAGAUUAUUGAAAAGGACCCAUUACAGCCCAAUGGUCCACCGCAGACGACACUUGUGGAGAUCGGGCCACGGUUCGUACUAACGCCGAUUCGAAUAUUUGAAGGGGCCUUUGGAGGGGCGACAGUGUUUUCGAAUCCUGAAUUUAUAUCUCCUGCAGCGGUGAGGUCGGCAAUUCGGAGGGAGAAAGGUGGGAAAUACAGCAAUAGAAAAGAUGGAGAAGAAGAGUUGGAGAGAAGAAAGAAGAUGCGACAGCGAGACCAAGACGAAUUGGCAGUGGCGAAGGUAUUUGCUUGA